AAAGAAAGCUUCCUGAAAGCAAUAUGCUGCAAUACACCCAUUCGACUCGUAUCAUCCUUGCUGCCGAGGGCGUUUUGCUGCUUCUCUGACUUGUUCAUCUGAAUAAUCGUCAAUUUGAAAAACUACCAGACUGAACAAUCGUCAGACUAACCUUUCAUCACAAACAUUCCCCAGCCCGAAACUUGACUCUGCACUGCUUUGUCGGACCAACUUCUUCCCUAUCCUUGAUCUACCCUCAAACCACGAUCGCCCCUAUUACACAUAGACCGCUAUAGACAACCAUUGAAUGCUUUCAAGAUGUCUUCAACCUAUUCAUCACUGUUUGUGGGCACACAGAUGCAAUCAGACCUGGCAGAUUGCGACCUAGGCAAACUAGACGGCCUCGAAGGGCUGCCUCUGGAGAUCAUUUUCGACAUCUACCAUCAACUCGAUGUCCGCAGCAUCUUCUCGUUGGCGCAGGUUAACACUCUUUUCCAUGGACUCCUGAAAAGAAACAAGGCGGCGAUUUUACUGCCAAUUCUCCAGCGAGAGUUUAGUCCGUUGCCUGAGCUUCUCCAAGUCUUCACAGCAUCGGACCAAGACAUGCACCAGUAUGGAGAUACAUUCCAGCCGCGACGGGUCGUUUUCAGACGAUUCCCGGGCGACAUGACGGGCGUUACUCUAUCCCGAGGCGGUGUACAACACAGUGCAGGUGCUUUGAAUGGCGACAAACUAACAAGAACCACUUUGCCGUCACCUCGAUCGGUCACGCUUGUUGAACGGGACUUGGAACCCUUGCUGAAGUACUGCUUGGUGGCACGGCAGUGGGAGGAAAUAUUCCCUCGACUACAUUGGUUCGCGACACCCGAGGACUGCCGUCAAUUAGACGAGCUAGAGAAGUUUAAGCUUCGCCGGGCUCUUUAUCGGUGGUGGCUAUACGCCUUUUACUUUCACGGUGAACUUCUUCGUCCCCGGAGCGGUCAGCCAGAGCCGUUUGUCAACGAUAUCCGAACCAGUCACAUGAGACUUCAUUCAACUCGCGAGUUGAUCGAGAUGAGAGAUCUCUUUUUCUCGAUGAAGAAUCUUGUACGGCACUACAUCUACCCGAACCUAGAACAGAACCUCGAACCUGUGGACGAGAGCAGCCCGCUUGAGACUAUGAUUGAAACCAGCAUUCGCGAACGCAUUGUGGAUACAUAUGCCAAGCUGGAUCCAGAAGACCUAAUGUUUUACUUCGAGAACUUGUUCAACUACCCUCGCAAGAGACUGGUGACGGAUGUCAACUUGAAGCACCCCGCUUUCUCCCAGGACCAGGAAUCCUUUGUAGCAGCGGUCCAGUCAGCAGCGGACGAGCGGCCGUGGCUUUACGACAUUGCUGAUUUGACUAGCAUCGGAGGCAUUGUUACCUCUGAUGACGACUUGGACGAACAUCUUGGUCGUGACGGCAGCCAUGAUGGCUCGAUUCCUCCUCCAGGAGCUUUUCGGCGGCCGAGAGGGAUUUGGGCACCACCAGGAGACGAUGGCCGAGCUCUGGCCGAGCGAAGUCAUUCCCAUGGCGGGCAACGUUACUGAGUUCUCGCGCAGAGGCAAUCAUCUCACGAUGAGCUAUAUAAGUUGAAAGUGAGGCAGAAAUUGUCUGAGUGGAUAUAUCCUAAUAGAGUGAUUAUUUCAUGGCCUUGCCUAACCUUCGUCAAGUUGAUUUCGCAUCUCUCGUGCAUGAGCUACACCAACUGCUUUGCAGUACCAAUGCUUGAUGCUAGAAAGUCGUUUGGCUUCGUUGAUAAGCAACAUGAUGCCUGAAAUUAUCAGAUUCACUGCACUUCUAUGGAUGAUCACCCCGAAAAUAAUGUUGGAAAGAGAUGUGGUCCAGAGAGAUGAAAGAGAAAGACUGAACUUGCCUUAUUCGGGA